AUGGCGGAUAGGAAGGCUAACGGUGGCGGAGUGUCCUCCUCGCCAGGCACUAACUCACUCUUCUCCUCGGCCACGGAGUUCAGUUUCAGCGUGCCUUCAUCCCCCCCUUCACGCAGGCCGCCUCCCCGGGCUUCCCUGCUUUUACCUGAGAAGACCACAGAUGUUGGUGAGGAGGAUAGCUUCCUUGGUCAGACUUCAGCUCACACAUCCACCCCACAGACAUUCAGUUACUUCUCUCAGGUAUCAAGCAGUAGCGAUCCUUUUGGAAACAUUGGACAGUCGCCCUUAGCGACCACAGCAGUGUCGGUUGGACAGUCACCACUUCCCAAGCCCCCAGCCACACUCCCUUUUACAACUGGAUCCCAGGACAUGCUGAAUGCAUUUCCACCCUCUGUUUCCAAGGCUCCCUAUGGUGCUGUGCCUUCCUCACAGAUGGGAGCAAGCACCUAUUUGCCUUCUCAGCCAAGUAGUCUCCCUCCAAAUUUUGGGAGCCCACCCCAAGGGAUUCCUCAACAAGGACAUAACCCGUAUCGCCACACUCCUGUCAGCAGCCGGGCAAAUCCCUAUAUAACACCUCCACAACUACAGCAGUGUCAGACGCCGGGCCACCCCUCCUACCCUCCACCCUCUGCACCCCCAGUGCAGACAUACCAAAUGCCGCCAGGACCGUUGCCACCGCUUCCUACAGCAGUGCAGUCACCAGCGCAGCAACAAGUCCCUGCCAGAUCUUCAGGACCCCUUGUACAGGGGCCGUCUCCUUUUGUACUUCAGAACCAGUAUGAACCUGUCCAGCCACACUGGUUUUACUGCAAGGAGGUGGAAUAUAAACAGCUAUGGAUGCCUUUAAGUGUGCUUGACUCUCUGAAUCUUGAAGAGAUCUAUAAUUCAGUGCAGCCAGAUCCUGAGAGUGUGGUUCUAGGCACGGAUGGCGGACGCUAUGAUGUGUACCUUUAUGACCGCAUGAGGAAGUCUGUGUACUGGGAAGAGGAGCCGGCUGAAGUGAGACGCUGUACUUGGUUUUACAAGGGGGACACAGAUAGCAGAUUUAUUCCCUAUACAGAGGAGUUCAGUGAAAAACUAGAGGCCGAGUAUAAAAAAGCUGUGACCACAAACCAGUGGCACCGCAGGCUCGAGUUUCCAAGUGAAGAGACCAUCGUGAUGCACAACCCAAAGGUUAUUGUGCAGUUCCAGCCUUCUUCAGUGCCAGAUGAGUGGGGGACAACACAAGAUGGACAGACGAGGCCCAGAGUUGUAAAGCGUGGAAUUGACGACAACCUUGAUGAAAUUCCUGAUGGGGAAAUGCCUCAAGUUGACCAUUUGGUGUUCAUGGUGCAUGGCAUUGGGCCAGUGUGUGACUUGCGCUUUAGAAGCAUUAUUGAAUGUGUGGAUGAUUUUAGGGUGGUUUCUCUCAAGUUGCUGCAGACACACUUCAAGAAGUCUGUAGAUGAAGGGAAAGUCAGCAGAGUGGAGUUCCUGCCAGUUCACUGGCACAGCGCCUUGGGUGGGCACGCCACGGGUGUUGACAGGAAUAUCAAGAAAAUUACUUUGCCAAGUAUUGGUCGGUUCCGGCACUUUACCAAUGAAACUCUGCUGGAUGUGUUGUUUUACAACAGCCCUACCUACUGUCAGUCAAUUGUGGAGAAAGUGGGAGUGGAGAUAAACCGGCUACACUCGCUUUUUAUGAGUCGGAACCCAAACUUCAAAGGGAAGGUCUCGGUUGCUGGUCACAGCUUAGGCUCUUUCAUACUGUUUGGCAUAUUGUCUAAUCAGAAAGAUAUGAGUGUCUCUAAGUCUCCAGGAUCUGUGGCUGUUUCUAAUGGAGUUACGAAACAUUUGAAUUUUCAGGAAAAGCAGGUUUCUGAAGAGUCAAAGCUGAUGUCAGACGAGUCAUGUGACCUUGAUGUUGAAGAUGAAGAACCCCUAACUUUGCAUGGAACCCUGGAAGCACUCAGCCUGUUUGAUUACAUUAGCACUUUUGAAAAGGAAAAGAUUGAUAUGGAAUCUCUGCUUAUGUGUACAGUUGAUGACCUGAAGGAGAUGGGGAUUCCCCUUGGGCCCAGAAAGAAGAUAGCCAAUUUUGUAAAACUUAAAGCAGCCAAACUGGAGCAGAAAAAAGCAGCAUCAGAAAAGAAGGCAGCGCUGGCUGCUUUGACAAAAGGACAAGGUGAGAGUGCUCCAAAAACUAAGGAAAUGGCCUCUCCAUCUUCAGAAUCAAACGAGUCCAAGAGGAAGCUCUCAGUUGGGGCUUAUGUGUCGUCUGUACGUGUCGAUUAUGAAUCUUUUGAAGUUGGCACAGGACAGGUUUCUGUUGCUUACAGCUCGUUAGACUUUGAACCAGAGAUUUUCUUUGCCUUGGGCUCUCCUAUUGGCAUGUUUCUCACUAUCUGCGGCGUGGACAGGAUUGAUGAGAACUAUCGCCUCCCUACCUGCAAAGGCUUCUUCAAUAUUUACCAUCCGCUCGAUCCCGUGGCAUACAGAUUAGAGCCCAUGAUUGCUCCAGAUUUGGACUUAAAAGCUGUUCUCAUUCCACAUCACAAAGGCAGAAAGAGACUUCACUUAGAGUUGAAAGAAAGCCUUUCUCGGAUGGGAUCCGAUUUGAAGCAGGGUUUUAUCAGCUCUCUGAAAAGUGCUUGGCAGACACUCAAUGAAUUCGCACGUGCUCACACCUCUUCUACUCAGCUGCAAGAAGAAUUGGAGAAGGUGGCCAAUCAGAUCAAAGAGGAAGAGGAAAAGCAAGUAGUUGAAGCAGAAAAGAUUGUUGAAAGUCCAGAAUUUUCCAAGGAUGAGGACUACUUAGGAAAGGUUGGGAUGUUAAAUGGAGGCCGCCGGAUUGAUUAUGUUCUUCAAGAGAAGCCGAUCGAGAGCUUCAAUGAGUAUCUCUUCGCUCUUCAGAGUCACUUGUGCUAUUGGGAGUCCGAAGAUACUGCCCUCUUGUUACUUAAAGAAAUUUAUCGGACAAUGAACAUUAGUCCAGAGCAGCCCCAACAUUGAGCAGAGUUGCAUUUUACCAGGAAGCUCCAGCUUGAGUGUCACUGCUCAGAGGCUCCUUGGUGGCUGAUGAAGGAUGACAGAAUCGUUACUCAGCAACAACUGCUAACGAGGACUUCUCAGAUGCAGGGAUCGGUUUUUAAAACAGAACAUAAAGAUGCUGGGAAAAGUCAGUACCAUAUUUGGACAGUCUAGAAGGAGAGCUGCAACCAUGAAAUGAUGCUGUGGGGAAUUCUCGAUCUGUUUAGUUAUGUAGUUAUCUAAAUUAAGUGUGUACUAAUGAAGAGAUAUUCGUAGCAUGCAAAUGGUUAUUUCUAUUUCUUAAAACUAUUGUCAAUGGGCUAUUAAACUUUAUUUUUCUUUGUAUUAAU